AUGUCCGCAGCACCAGCAGCUGGCGCCGCGCUAACGACGAAAGCUACCACUACAGACAAGAGUGCCGAGUCAACGAAGGACGCAAAGCCAGCAGCUGCUCUGGAGGAGGAUGACGAGUUCGAGGACUUCCCGGUAGAGAACUGGACACAAGAAGAGGCUGAGGUACCAGGAGAUAACACACAUCUGUGGGAGGAGAGCUGGGACGAUGAUGACACGAACGAAGACUUUUCGGCGCAACUGAAGGAGGAGCUUAAGAAGGUUGAGGCGGGCAAGAAACGUUGA